AUGGCUCCGCCACCUGCGGUGCCGGAAGCGGACCACCAGGACGACGACGACGACAUCCCGGAAGGGACCGGGGUAGACCUGAGAGUGGCGGUACGUAGGCUCAAGGCCAGGAAUACCGCCCCAGGACCCGAUGGCUUGCCUGGCAAAGCCUGGGUCCUGGCCUCGGAGGCUCUCGGGCCCCGACUGGAGGGGCUCCUAAGCGCAUGCUUGGAGAGAGGCCAAUUCCCGCUUCGUUGGAAGACGGGGAAGCUGGUCCUCAUUCGGAAGCCGGGGCGCCCUGCGGACUCUCCGUCCGCAUACCGGCCCGUGGUGCUGCUCGACGAGGUGGGCAAGCUCUUUGAAAGAGUAAUUGCAAACCGCCUCGCCGAGCACCUUGCGGGGACGGGGCCGGAUCUUGCGGAACACCAGUUUGGUUUCCGCAAGAGGCGCUCUACGGUGGACGCCAUCAUGCGCGUGAGAGCCCUCACGACGGGGGAUGCAGUGGCCAGGGGGGGGGUUGUCUUGGCGGUGUCUCUCGACAUCGCCAACGCCUUCAACUCCAUGCCCUGGAGCUGCAUUAGGGAGGCACUCCGGUAUCACCGGGUGCCGACCUAUCUCCGUCGUAUAGUCGGGGACUAUCUGACGGACAGGGCCGUCAUCUACCCCGGUCGAAACGGAGAGUGGAACCGGCGAGAGAUGUCGUGCGGUGUCCCACAGGGUUCGGUUCUGGGGCCGCCCCUGUGGAACAUCGGUUACGACUGGGUGCUGCGCGCCGACCUCCCUACCGGCGUCAGCGUAGUUUGCUACGCUGACGACACGCUGGUACUGGCACAAGGGGGGUCGUACGAGGCGGCGGCGGAAACUAUGACACGCGGGGUUGCGAUAGUCGUUGAGAGGAUCCGGCAACUGGGUCUCGAGAUUCAAGACGAUACAGCUGAUUUACAUGGUGUGUCUCAACCAGUAGUAAGUAGGACAUGUAAAAAAGUAGCGGAAAUUUUGUCACGGAAGUCCCGAGAAUUUAUUAAAAUGCCUACUACUUUAAAUGAACAGCAGGAAACCAUUAGGAAAUUUCGCAGUAUUGCUAAUUUUCCUACAGUAAUUGGCGCAAUUGACUGUACUCACAUACGAGUAAAGAAAGUGAAUGCUGAUGGGGGUCAGUUAUAUAUUAAUAGAAAAGGAUUUUCUUCAAUUAAUGUACAGGUGGUUUGUGACGCUGACCUGAAAAUCAUGGACAUUGUUACCAGGUGGCGUGGUAGUGUACAUGACUCCAGAAUAUUCCGAGAAUGUAGACUAAAACAGAGGUUUGAGGCUGGUGCAUUCUCUGGAAUAUUACUUGGUGACAGUGGCUAUCCUUGUACCCCUUACCUAUUUACACCGCUGCUGAACCCCACAACACCACAAGAAGAAAGAUAUAAUAGGAGCCAUAUCCGUACCAGGAACACAGUGGAAAGAUGUUUUGGUUUGUGGAAGCAACGGUUUCGUUGCCUAUUAAGAGGUAUGUUUGGAGAUAUUGAAACAGCAAAAAAAACAAUUGUUGCAUGUGCUGUACUACACAAUAUGGCCAUCGACAUGAGAGAAGAUGUGUUUUCUGGUGAGAGAGAUAGCAUUGAACAAUAUUCAUCUGAACCUAUAGUACAAAGAUAUAUUGCACCAUCAAUAAGGGGAAAUAUUAGAAGAAGACAGUUUAUUGAAACUCAUUUUCAGUAG